AUGGCAUCACCUUCUUGCAACACGCACUGUGAUCAUUCACAAGUGGCAGAUGGUUAUGACUGGACUAUGACAAACCUCAACUAUUCCCAAUUCGUCCCUCUUGUCCAUCAAUCAUCAACCUCUAUGCUGGCUGAGCCAUCCAUAGCAUCCGUGAAUCCUAUUCCAUGUACCUAUCACAUACAAUAUCCUACUGCAUCCGUUGCGUCUAGCUUCGUUGCGCCUUCUACCUCGCCCUCGGCUGGUUGCGAUCUGUAUCGCUUCAACCAGAAUGCCAUACACCAAUCUCCAAUCGCGAAUGACCGUGCAGCUAUGGCCCCCGGGGGCCCGGUGACAGGCUCUCUCGGCCCUAGGCACGACGUCGCUUGCACCAAUUUACCAGGGCCCGCUUCAUCUAUUCCAAAGGCCCCUCGGGCCAAGGCUAGCGGUGAUAGCUAUGCCAAGGGAAAGAUAGCUUAUGUUCGUAAGCAAGGACGACAGCAGAAACAGGAGAAAGCUCAACAAUCUUUCCAAUGCCAUUGGAAAGACUGCACAUACCGCAAUCCUUUCUCCGGAAAACCAGCGUUGCUGCGUCACGUCGACACACAGCAUAUAGCUCCGCGCUCAUUCGAUUGUCCUUCAUGCGAUAUGUCCUUCAAUCGAAGGGAUAACAUGAUUGAACACCGAGGAAGAGUUCACUGGGAACGAGCUUGA